AUGCCGCCAAAACGCCUCGUUCAUGCCCAGGAUCUGCGCGAUGCCUUUCCAGAGGAAGAGAGUUGUGGUGUUGUGGAGCGGUGGGCCACAAAUUUGGUCAGUCAUGUGGCGAAAAUUGCAGAACAGGCGGGUUCACAGUGCGCUAGUAUACAGGGUACAAAAUAUACAUGCGACAAUGCUGAGAAGGUGCCAGAGGAAGUCAUGUCAAUGCUGUUCAAUUACCAGUCCGCAUGUCGCCGUAUCUACUGUGAUGCGGAGGUGAUCCGCACCGUCAUCUCCGUGCGCAUUCCAGAACUGAAGGAAGAAGACAACUUGGGGGUCGCCGUGCAGCAUGCCGUUCUGAAAAUGCUGGAAGAAAUACAAAACAAAACUCUCGGUGCAGGUGGAGCAGGUGGGGCAGGUGAAAAGACCAGUAGUGUGAAGGCACAAGCGGGCGUAUUCUCUCUGCGUGAGUACUUUGGGGCUCGCGGUGCGGUGGAGGAGAAAAUUCUUGGUAAACCCGAUGACGAUAAGAAUAACUCAAAGGGCGGCAGCAAAAGCCCCUCCGUCUUGUUGGAGCUGCGACAGGUGGACGUUGACGCGUUACAAAAGGUGGAACUCUCCGCCCUGCAGCUGGUGACGGCGAUGCGUUCCUUCGUUAAUGCGUACGCCCUCAACUGGAAGAAGUUGAUCGAGCCACGCUCCGGGGGAGGUCGUAUGGUGAGUUAA